GUUCAUCCAAACUCUUAAGCGUUUCUACGUCUAAGGCAAGGAGUAUUAUUGUAUGUAAUCCGUCUGUCUGUGUCUCAAACUUUAAAUGUGCGCUAGUCUAUGGUCACCUUUUUGAACCUCCCCUAGACCCAGCAGUGCCAUCUCAAAUUAAACAUGUAAUUAAUUAACUUAAAACAGCUUGAAGUCAUGAAUGUGCCCCAUCAUCAAUGUUACUUAUUGGAACUCGGUUCAAUGUUAGUAACAUGUUUACACCCACAGAACGUCCUCCAUUCACCUGGGGUCACUUGUGUCUGGAAAACUGUGCAGUCAAAUGUCAAACUGAUUGUAUCGACAGAGUUACUGGAGAGUGUCCGCCGCUUCCAACAGACUAUACCAUGCUCUUCGUGUUACUCACCUGGCCACUUACAAUCAUCCCCGUGACUUGCAUUAGUUACCUAAUCGUAUGGUAUUUGUUGUACAUUGUCUGCAGCUUCCAUAGAAGUUUGGUGGUCGAGCUGGAAGAAGAAUACGAUGAGAUACUUCUCCAAUAAAGACAGGGGGACUUCACUCGCCUGGCAAUCUAAAAAGAGUGUUUGCUUGUUCUAAUUGGUUUGUUAUCGUUUAAAGUUUGGCCUUAAUCUUCCCUAUUAAA